UGCCGAGAGCCUCAGCCUCCCAACAACGAGCCGACUCAAUAUAUACUACUCCGCGAGAUCGAGUAUGGUCUCUCUCUCUCUUGUACACGCGAAUGUUUUAGUUAGUGCUUGCUCGAGAUCCGACUCGGCCGACGACGACGACGACGACGAGGAGGACGACGACGCGAUGCUGCCCGACGCGAUCUCGUCCGAUCGUGUACUUCCUCCUUAGCAGCUAAAAAAACGUUUUUGUUUUUUUAUGUAACAAAGAUUCAUAAAAAAAGCAUAUUCGCGAGAGAGAAUAAAGUCGGACGACUAGUUCGUGCUCCGAUAUAUACGUGUGUGUGAGAGUGAGAAAACGGGAUAUUUCGACACAUCUCGAUCUCGUUGGCUGUUUGUGCUGUUGCUGCCGUGCGCGGCUGGUAAACAACAAAAAAAAUAAAAAAACGUAGUGGUCUCCGAUGCGGCCAGCAUCGCCGAGCCGGACGAACGGUCCGACGGGUAGCAGUGCAGUGCACAAAUAAUUAAUAAUAAUAAUCGUUGAAACACACAUACACACACAAAGAGUGCGAAAAUGCGUGGGCUCGGCUUAAUUUCCCUAGUGCUAGGUCUGUGGCUGCUGCUGCUGGCUCGGGAUCAUCUCGUCGAGGCUCAUCGGGCGAGCGGCCUCUACGUGGACAACGGCCACGACCAGACGGUGAUCCAGCGCUCGGUCUCGGAGAGCGAGAAGCGCGAGGUCGAGCACGAGAUCCUGAGUCUGCUCGGGCUGCCGGAGAGGCCGCCCCGUCGGCUGCACAACACUCCCAAUGGUGGAAACCACCGGCCACAGGUGCGCCGAUCGGCGCCCCGCUUCCUCCUGGACGUGUAUCGGGACUCGCUGGCGCGCGGCUCGUCGCGUUUGACCACGAGCGAGUUCGAUCUGAGCGGCCAGGAGCUGCGCGCCAUCGACCAGAGCGACGCCAUCGCCACCUUCGCCGCGCGCACCCAUCACGUGCCCGGCCUGAGGCACGAGCGCGACAAGCGGCUCUGGUUCGACGUCUCGGAGCUGCCCACGGAGGGCGAGCGUCUGCUCGGCGCCGAGCUGCGCAUCUAUCGCCGGUCCGGACUGGCGCGCAACAAGCACCACCACCACCAUCACCAGCACAGCAGUGGUGACGGUAGCUUCAGUUUGAGCCUGUACCAGGUGCUGGGAUCCUCGGGCCAGGGGGCCAACGCGGACAAGGAGCUGCGCUACCUCGACUCGGUGAACGCCUCGGCCGGCCACGACGGCUGGAUAGCUCUCAACUGCAGCGCCGCCCUGGCCAGCUGGGUGCGCGAGCCCGAGAGCAAUCGGGGCGUCUAUCUGUCGGUGCUGAGCAGCAGCGGCAGUGAUAACAGUAGCAGCGGCCACAGGGAGAUGCGACCCGACGAGAUCGGCCUGGUGGGCGUCAAGGGCACCGACGAUCGGCAGCCUUUCCUCGUGGCCUUCCUCAAGAGCUCGCCCCACUCCAAGUCCAAGCAACACAACAAGAAGCCGCUGCUGGAGGGCAGCAGCAAGACUCGGAGCAAGCGCGAGACCCGCCGCGGUCGACGCAAACUCGGCGGCGGCCACGACGUCAGCGAGUAUCGCAGCGUCAACCCCUAUCUCGAUCCUUUACUCCAGCAACAGCAACAGCAACAGCAACAGCAGCAACACAACUCGCGCACCUGCAAGAUCCAGACGCUGUACGUGAGCUUUCGCGAUCUCCAGUGGCAGGACUGGAUCAUCGCGCCGGACGGCUACGACGCCUACUACUGCAGCGGCGAGUGCAAUUUUCCGCUCAACGCGCACAUGAACGCGACGAAUCACGCCAUCGUGCAGACCCUCGUGCACCUGGUGAAUCCGGGCAAGGUGCCCAAGCCCUGCUGCGCCCCGACCAAGCUCUCGCCCAUAUCCGUGCUCUACUUUCUCGACGAGAGCAACGUCAUACUCAAGAAGUACAAGAACAUGGUGGUCAAGAGCUGCGGCUGUCAUUGACGGAUAUGGAUAAUAGAUAAUAGUAUAUUAUCGAGUCUUGGAUUAAAUUGACGUUUGAACUUUGCCUGUAUAUAUUAUUUAAUAUAUGUAUGUUAGAGAGUUAAUUUUUAUAUUGUAUAAAAUUACUGAGUUAAUAGUUUUUAGCGAGGAUAAUAACGUGUGUUUUAUAUUAGUUAUAAAUUUAUAUGUUUAUAUUUUUUACGUAAGAAUUGUAACGAAAACCUCGAGGACACUCGAAAGAGCAUGAUCUGUUUCGAGUCAAUGAUGUUUGAGAAUUCGAAUGGGAUAUCUAUUUUAGCGUAAGAACGAAUGUCAAUCGUCCGUUCGAUCAUAUACGUAUAUAUGUCAACUGAAAAUAACGAGCCGCAACGACUGGGUAUUGUUUUGUAAACAUGGGAAAAUGUUCGUUUUUACCCGCUAGGGAAGUUUAAGCUUUUCGUGCCAAUUUUUUAUUGCAUUGGAAUAUUUAUAAGUGUAUAAAUAAAUUGAUUCGUUUAAAAUUAA